AUGGCAUCUACACAUCCAGCGGUCAUCAUUGUCCCUGGUGCUUGGAGUCCACCAGCCUUCUAUGAAGACUUUGCAGCCAAACUCCGCAGCGGGGGCUACGCCACUAAAAUCCUCACUCUACCAUCUUGCAAUUCUUCCUCGCCCGAAUCCGAAAGUUGUCCAAAAGACGUAGGAGUUGUCCGAAAACAGGUCGUCACCCUUCUUGAUGAGGAGCAGAAAGAUGUUCUAAUGAUCUGCCACUCCUUUGGUGGUAUUGUCGGAGGUGCAGCCGCGCAUGGCCUAAGCAAAGUCGCUCGGUCAAAGGAAGGGAAGUCGACUGGAAUUGUUGGCCUGGUCUAUGUGUCUGGUUUGCUCAUCCCAGCGGGGGUGAGCAUGCUUCAAGCCUUUGGCGGAAAUUUGGCGGACUAUGCGGUCAUCAAUGAGCCGGCCGAACACCAAGUAGCGAUUAAAGGCGCCAAAGACGUUUUCUUCAACGAUCUUGAUGAUGUAGAAGGAGAAAAAUGGGCCAAAACUCUCGGCAUGCAGUCGAUGCGCGCUUUUGAUUCGGCGAACCCUCAGACUGCUUGGUCCGAGCCUGACUUCGCAGGCAGGCUAGCCUAUAUACGGUGUAUCAAUGAUCAGGCCAUGCCUCUCCAGUUCCAGGAUUCCUUAAUGCAGAUGACUGCGGUGGAAUGGAAGGUCAGUGAUAUUGACACAGGCCAUUUCCCGUUCGUCAGUAAAUCUGGCGAGCUGGCAGAGAAAGUGGAGGUUUUUGGGGACGGUUUUGGGCAGACGGCCACUACAGAACACUUGUAUGAGCAGGGAAUGGCCGAUUUCGACCAUCUUAUUGCAAGAAACUUCUUCCCAACACAUGAUUACUGA